UCGUAAAAAGACGUCACUAAAUAACUUUUUCAAAAAAUAAUAACUUAAUUGUUUUUUAAAUUUAAAGUAUUAGGACAACCGCUUAAUUGAAUUCGGUCUCAAUGUGUCCCAAUUAAGCGGCAACAACUAGAUUAUAAUUUUUACCCUAACAAGAUAUUUCUCAGAACGAUAAGCUUUGUUUAAAUAGGUAUUUAUCCACCAUAUCAUUAUCUAAUUACACACAUAUGAGUCAAAUAACUUAAAUAUUUGCAAUAAUUGUUUCACCACAAGUUCUUAUUCCCACACAUACCCAAAUUAUAGACACAUCGUAGUGUAUUUCUCGUUUCUCUUUCGUAAUUACAUAAAUUACUUCAUAAUUACUCCUAAACACAACCCUAUAAAAUACAACACCCUAUAAAACAAACUGCCUUAAAAAAACUUUCUUUAAAACCGAAAACUUAUUCAAAAAGAUCUUUCAUUGUAAACAUAACCAUGUCUCAAAGAUAUUUAUAUUAUAAUUUAAAAAUUAUGCGUUUUACUUCAAUGUUGGAUUUAGAUAAAAAUUCUUCGCUUUCAUUUAAAAUUUGGUGCUAUUUCUGGAGAAGUUUCUCUACUUUAACUGUAUCUUAUGCAAUUCUUUUUUCAAUGAUGGACUUAAUAACCACCGAAUCUCCGCUGAUGAGUAAAUCACCAGUAUUUUUAAACAUGAGCGUUAACGCUACACUUGCAACAAGAUUAAUUUUUUUUUAUACGUUUUGUAAAAAAACAACCAAAUUAGUUCAAUUAAUGUUUGAAACGUUUACCUAUAGCACUCAAACUGGAUUAAUCGAGAAAACAAUGCAUAGUUAUGUUAAGAAGACCAACGUUGGGUUUUUAAUUUGGUUCACAAUUGGGAAUAUAGGUGCUCAAAUGUAUAUGGUAACACCUUUAAUAAUGGAGGAAGAAAGAUCGUUACCAAUGCCUUUAUGGAGACCAUACGAAGCAACAAAAUCACCGUUUUAUGAACUAACAUUUCUUUUUGAAGUGAUUUCUAAUUUCAUUUUGAUUUUUCAUGUUACAACAACAGAUAUUUUGUUUUCAACGAUGACCCAUAUUACUGCAGGUCAAUAUGAAUUAUUAGCUUGGGAAUUCGAACAUGUGUGUUACACACCUUUACUUGAAUUUGGAUUUACAAGAGACGACAUCUUAACGUUUAAGAGAUUGUUACCAAACAAUUGUAACCGGAAAGAAAUGUCUGAUGAGGAUUAUGGGCUUUAUAAUAGAAUUGUCAAAGUGACACAAACGGAAUCAUACAAUCAUAGCCUUUGUUUAAAUUUUGUCAGGCUUAUUCAACAACACAAUAAAUUAAUUCAUUUUUCAGAAGAAAUGGAAAAAUUUUGGUCUAUACUUCUUAUUCCUAUGCUUCUCAUUGCACAAGUAUAUUUAACUUUUGAAGUGCAUCUCAUUUUAAACAGUAAAGAUUCAACAGUAACUUUACAAGCUCUUGAAUAUAUAUUACCAAUAUUUUUAGAAAUAACAUUGAUUAGUUUUGCAGGUGAAAGUCUUUUACAACGGAGCAUGAACUUACGAACAUCUUUAUACACAGCUCCUUGGUAUUUAUGCGGUAGUCGAUUCAAGAAAUUAUUUAGUAUCGUCUUAAUGCGAUGUUCAAGAGACGCUUUCAUUACAAUCGGUGGGUUUACCCCUAAUGGUUUGGAGUCUUAUACAUGGAUGAUGAGAUCGUCUAUAGGCUAUUUAGCUGUAUUAAGAGAGCCAAUUUAAAACACUAAAGGAAGCAUUUUAUUAUAUAUUUAGCAGAUUCACAAAUAAAGAAAAAAAGCACUGAAGCAAUGUAGUAUUAAAGAAAAGGGGUUCUCUUAAAGAAUUAUUUAUUUUAGAUCUCAGUUUCAAUCAGAAUUAAAUAUCAAUUCUUGAAAGUAUAACGACAUGCUGUAUUUACAUUAUUUAUUAUAUUCUGAAAACCAAUAAAUACAU